UACGUCGUUGAUUUGAAGUCUGCUUCUAUUUCUUCUUGUCUGAGAACCGCUUAUUCUCCAAGCUUCCAUUUUUGUGUGUGCCAAUCAUCAGGUGACAAGUGGCAAGCUCUGGCGCGUCGUUGGAGACCAAUUCGACCCACCCAAAUCAUGCACGACACUCUCCUGGUCAUUCCGGGGUUUCUACGAGAAGGCUCUGCUGGAGUACGAACGGCAUGUGGGUGUUGAUCCCAUGCUGGAGGGCACCCUGGCCAUCACCCCGAGAUCCGACGCCAAGCACCACGGGGGGCAGGAG